AUGAAGCUCUCUUCUUUACGGUGUUCUCUGCUGCUGGGGCUGCUAUGCCUCGCAGCAGCAGUAGCAGCACGUGACACCCCAAAUGGGGUUGGGAGUACAGCAGCAGCAGCAGCAGAAAGCCAGCUGCAGCAGGAAGAAUCCUCUGCAGCAGCAGUAGAAACGGGGGCCAGUGCGCUGCUACAGGGCGACAACGGUGAGGGUUCUUCUGGUGCUAGCGGUGGAGACAGACCACGCAAGAGGCAGCGUGGUGGCGGCGAAGGUGCAGCAGCAUCAUCUGAGGAUGGCCCCAGCGCAGAAACAAAGAGAAAAUACGACGAAGUUCUAGAGGAGCUCCAGAAUGACCCCCGGUACAUUCGUGCUAGAGACAGAAACAACCAGCUUGCUGAGCAGAGACGCAAGCGUGUAGAUGCCUGGAUGAGGGGGAGAGCACAGCAGGGGCCAGCCACCCCCUCCGCCGACCAACAAGCAGAAAGAGAGAGAAGAACAAAGUACGAUAAAGUUGUAGGCGAGCUGCAGCAAAACCCCAAAUUUCAGAGAGCCAGAGAACGCCUCAGUGGCAGCAGCGGGGAGGAGGCGGCGGGAUCGAGUCAAGCUUCUAAGGAUACGAAACCCCACAACUUUACAAGAUAA